AACUUGAAAAUAAAGAUGUUUUAAAUAAAAUAUAAAAAGUCCACUUUAAAAUAUAUUUUUUUUAAUUCAGAAUUGUUUGGGGCACUUAUUUGCCUUUUCCCGACUAAAUAUGUUUUUGUAGAAGACGGUGAAGUCAUGUUUUCCCAAACUGCAUUAGUUUCUAUAAACUUUAUACGGCCGUCCACAUUUCGUCGGACAUUUUUCUCUAGACCUAGGGCUUCAGAAGUUCUAACUGCAUAUUUACUGCAAUGUAAAGAACCUCCUUGGACGUCUUACUUUGUUAAGUACAGUAGUGUAAAAGAUGAUCAAUUUGGGAUGUCAAACUUCAAUUGGAAAGUUAAUAGCUCAAAUUAUCAAAUUCUAAGAACAGGCUGUUUUCCAUAUAUUAAAUAUCACUGCUCUAAGAAAAUAGAAGAAGACUUAAAUUUUUCGGACAAGUUCAUGAGAUUCAUCAAAGUAGCCAACUUUGGUAUUCCAUGCCUACUCUAUGGACUUGCAGCAACACAGCUUAUUCGUCACAAGGAAAUUGUUUACACUGAUAAAGGGCCUGUGACCAUAUAUUUUUUGUUACCUGAACAUAAGGGGUCACAGUAUUGACUAAAAUAAGUGUAAAAAUAUAGGCAAAUGUAUAAAAUAAAUAUAAGGAUAAUAUAGGAUAGUUUAUAAAUCUAGUCACAGAUUAUAAUAUAUCAUUUGCUUGUUA